AAGGACUGCACAAGAGAUAAUGGAAGGCUUUUUGUCACUCCCCACCUCACAGUGCAGUACCUCAUCCUUGUUCACCUCAAGACCCCACUCUUCCUCCGCCGCCACCUCCGUUUCCUUCUCCCUCCAACCGCCACCUCAACCUCCUGAAUCUAAUCUACGGCGCCCUAAGUCCAUCAAAUCCUCUCCAAAACCCAAAGUCCCUUCCAACCCCCUCAAAAACCUCACCACCACCAUUAGUACUACUACUACCACUACAAGUAACAAUCCUUCCCAUGUGCCCGCCCCUAUUGAAAGUGAACAUACCACGCACCCUCUUGCCUCCAAACUUCGCCUCUCCAGCAAAUUCUUUCCCCCUCCGCCUCCUCCUCCUUCCGUUCUCCAAGAUACACAAAAUGAAACUCUCAUUUCCGAACCUGAAGCUCCAUCUCCACAGCCUCAAAACCCUGAAAAAUUCCGCCAAGAUGGCAAGAUUUUCAUCGGAAAUCUUCCCAACUGGAUUAGAAAACACGAGGUUGCUGAAUUCUUCCGGCAAUUCGGUCCCAUAAAGGACGUUAUUCUGAUCAAAGCCCACAAUGAGAUACACAGAAAUGCGGGUUUCGGGUUUGUGAUAUAUGGGGGCCCGCCUCCGCUGGCUGAGAAGUCGGCAAUGAAGGCGGUAGAGUUUGACGGCGUUGAGUUUCAUGGGAGAAUACUGACGGUGAAGUUGGAUGAUGGGAAAAGGUUGAUGGAAAAAGCAGAGGAGAGGGCCAGAUGGGUUGAAGGGUAUCAAGUUCAAGACUGUAAUAAUAAGUCUAAGUGGCAUCAAGAGAGGGAAGGGUCCCGGAAGUUGUUUCGAAAGAUUUUGGAGUCCGAACCCGAGAAUUGGCAGAAGGUGGUUACUGCUUUUGAGAGGAUUACCAAGCCUGCUAGACGAGAGUUUGGAUUGAUGGUGAACUACUAUGCAAGACGAGGGGAUAUGCAUCGUGCGCGUGAAACAUUUGAGAGGAUGCGAGCAAGGGGAAUAGAGCCAACCUCACAUGUCUAUACAAACCUUAUUCACGCUUAUGCAGUUGGCAGAGACAUGGAAGAAGCCUUAUCUUGUGUUAGGAAAAUGAAGGAAGAAGGCAUUGAAAUGACUCUUGUGACAUACAGUAUACUUGUUGGGGGAUUUGCCAAAAUUGGCAAUUCUGAAGCUGCAGAUCAUUGGUUCAAGGAGGCAAAAGAGAGACAUACACCUCUAAAUGCAAUCAUUUAUGGGAAUAUUAUUUAUGCUCAUUGUCAAACAUGCAAUAUGGAGCGAGCUGAAGCCUUGGUUAGGGAAAUGGAAGAAGAAGGUAUAGAUGCCCCUAUUGACAUUUAUCACACCAUGAUGGAUGGUUACACAAUGAUUGGCAAUGAAGAAAAAUGCUUGAUUGUGUUUGAAAGACUAAAGGAAUGUGGAUUUACUCCCUCAGUUAUCAGCUAUGGAUGCCUUAUAAAUCUUUACUCUAAGAUUGGAAAAGUUUCCAAAGCUUUAGAAGUUAGCAAAAUGAUGGAAUGUGAUGGCAUAAAGCAUAACUUGAAGACUUAUUCCAUGUUGAUCAAUGGAUUUUUGAAAUUAAAAGAUUGGGCCAAUGCUUUUGCAAUUUUUGAGGAUUUGGUCGAAGAUGGUUUGAAGCCUGAUGUAGUACUAUAUAAUAAUAUCAUCAGGGCAUUUUGUGGGAUGGGUAACAUGGAUCGUGCUAUUCAUACUGUCAAGGAAAUGCUAAAGGAGAGGCAUAGGCCUACUACACGUACAUUUAUGCCUAUUAUACAUGCUUUUGCAAGAGCUAGGGAAAUGAGAAGAGCCUUGGAAGUUUUUGAUGUGAUGCGGAGGAGUGGUUGCAGUCCAACUGUACACACUUUCAAUGCUUUGAUUCUUGGCCUUACUGAGAAACGUCAGAUGGAAAAAGCUGUUGAAAUAUUGGAUGAGAUGACACUGGCUGGCAUAAGUCCAAAUGAACACACAUACACAACCAUCAUGCAUGGGUAUGCUUCAUUGGGUGAUACUGCAAAAGCAUUCAGGUAUUUUACAAAAUUGAGAAAUGAGGGCCUUGAGAUUGAUGUGUAUACAUAUGAAGCACUUCUGAAAGCAUGCUGCAAGUCUGGGAGGAUGCAAAGUGCUCUAGCUGUCACAAAAGAAAUGAGUGCUCAAAAGAUACCGAGAAACACCUUUGUCUACAACAUUUUAGUCGAUGGAUGGGCUCGGAGAGGAGAUGUUUGGGAGGCUGCUGACUUGAUGCAGCAAAUGAAGCAAGAAGGGGUUCAACCUGAUAUCCACACUUACACAUCUUUCAUAAAUGCCUGCUGCAAGGCUGGAGACAUGCUGAGAGCAAUGAAAACAAUCCAAGAAAUGGACGCUAUUGGAGUAAAGCCAAAUGUUAAAACCUACACUACACUGAUUCACGGAUGGGCACGUGCUUCUCUUCCAGAGAAGGCCUUGAAAUGCUUUGAAGAGAUGAAACUGGCUGGUUUGAAACCGGACAAAGCUGUGUACCAUUGCUUGAUGACAUCACUUCUGUCAAGGGCUACUUUUGCGGAGGCAUAUAUUUACUCUGGGGUGCUGUCUGUUUGUAGAGAAAUGAUCGACUCUGGUUUGACUGUUGAUAUGGGAACUGCAGUUCACUGGUCGAGGUGUCUACGUAAGAUUGAGAGGACAGGUGGAGAACUUACAGAAGCCCUGCAGAAGACCUUCCCUCCUGAUUGGAGUUCAUACCAUACAAUCGCUGCAAAUUCUGAUACAGAAACAGAUGAUGAACUCGAAAGCGAUCAUGAUGAUAAUGAUGUAUAUUUUGCUAAUGUGACUGAAGGUGAUCAUGAUCUAGAUGAAGAUGCAACAGAUUAUGGUUAUGAAUGAUAUUUUGCUGAUGCGAGGAGAGUGUUAAUUUAUGCAUCGUCACGAGCUUAGCUUGAAAGUUUUCUUGGCUUUCUUAUAUUUUGUUUUUAUCUUUGUACGAGCAAUAGAUCGAUCAAUAUAGCAUGUUCCAAACACAAUCAGGUUUUGUUCUGUUUGGAGCAUCAGGGCUUAUGUUGUAACAUGUAAUUUUGCAAGUAGCUGAAAUUAAACUACAUUUUGCCAUGCAGGCUUACCUAUGUCUCCCAAUUCAUUUUUU